AUGGCACAGGCACCGGGACAGGACCCGCGUCCCGCCCCAGCAGCGAAACACCCGCCCGGCAACCGCCGCCGGUUUAAACCCCGCGCGCCGGCGUGCCGCGGGGGCUGCCGGGAGCCGCCGCGGGACUACAUCUCCCGUCAGGCCCCACCCCCGCGGCACCCCGGGGAUUGUCGGCCGUCGGACGCGGGGCCUGCCGGGAGAUGUAGUCCCGAGGCGCCGGCAGCACUGCGGCUGCCGGGGGCGGAAGUCGUAGCGCGGCUUGGGGUGGGCGGGGGCGCCGGGGCCGCCCCAGCCACUGUCGGUGUGAAGGCGAGCACAGGAGGUUCCAACAGAGCUCAUGGCGACCGCGGGGGUACGCAGGCUCGGCCCCCUGCCACCCCACUCCGUUUCCCUGGCCCCACACACGGAUCCAACGCCGCGCUCGGACGCGGCGGCUCCGGGGAGCGGCGGCGGAAAGCGCCACCGGGGCCGCGGCACUGCGCGCACUGCACCUUGGGCUCUCAUCCAGGUAUCUCCAGGGACAACUGGCAUAAGCGCCGCAAGACCGGGGGCAAGAGGAAGCCCUACCACAAGAAGAGGAAGUAUGAGUUGGGGCGACCUCCCGCCAACACUAAGAUUGGCCCGCGCCGGAUCCACACAGUGAGGGUUCGUGGUGGGAAUAAGAAGUACCGAGCCCUUCGGUUGGAUGUCGGCAACUUCUCCUGGGGGUCGGAAUGCUGCACUCGCAAGACCCGAAUCAUCGACGUGGUGUACAACGCUUCCAACAACGAGCUGGUGCGGACAAAGACCCUGGUGAAGAACUGCAUUGUGCUCAUCGACAGCACCCCGUACCGGCAGUGGUACGAGGCCCACUAUGCUUUGCCCCUGGGACGCAAGAAGGGCGCCAAACUGACCCCUGAAGAGGAGGAAAUACUGAACAAGAAACGUUCAAAGAAGAUCCAGAAAAAAUAUGAUGAGCGAAAGAAGCAUGCCAAGAUAGCAAAUAUUCUUGAGGAGCAGUUCCAGCAAGGAAAGCUACUUGCCUGCAUUGCCUCCAGACCUGGACAGUGUGGCCGAGCCGAUGGCUACGUGUUGGAAGGCAAGGAAUUGGAGUUCUACCUGAGGAAGAUCAAGGCCAGAAAAGGCAAAUGAAUAAAAACUGUUUAUUCACAGUCAAACUGUGCUGAGAGGAUGAAUAAAACCAAGAGUUUACUACAGUUAAA